UAACCCUGCCCACUUCGACAAAGCCAUUCAACUCCGAUAUAGUGAGCUCUCUGAGGCUUCUCCAGUGCUGUGCAUAUCAGCAGGACAGGACACCACCACACUUCUUUUUGCAAGGACUAAACUAGAGUGCACACACUCCCAAACACUUCAUUUUUACAAAGACUGGACAAGAUAUUCUGUUUUUAUACAGUAAACCUUAUUUUACCAACUGGACAAAACAAGAGGAAUGGUUUUACAAAGCAGAGAGCUUGCUUUUCUGGAAUUGACAGGAGAAGUGGUUUAUGAGGACUGGAGCAAAGACCUGGUUUGUGAGGACCAAGUAAAGAUAGUAGUGGGGUAAAGUGCUUUACCCCAUAGGAGUAAUACAAGGGCAUUGCCUGGUCUCAAAUCUCUACUUUCCAACAUCCAACUUUUUGAAGCUAGCAGCACCUCACUCAGAGAAGGAUUGUAACUUUUCUCAAACUUGUUAUUUCUGUCUCCCACACAAGUGCUUUGUUGGUGUCGGUGAAACCCCAUCAACACCUUGUGAAUCGGGAGAGAUAAGGUGAGGAGAGCUGUCCGGUGUGCUGCUGUCCUCUACUCACCCUUCUCCAAGUCUUGUGUGCGCGUGUGUGAGUCGGCAUUCUGUGGCACAGGAUGCCCUUGUUAGCCGCGUUUGCCGGGGUGCUGGCGUUGCUUCUCGCCAAGCUUCAGACAGGAUGUGGAUCCCCUACUUUGGCUGGACCUCUGGCAGCUGUGGAUGUGGCCAUGCCAGAGCAGGGGCUGGUGGAGGAGACCCAGGUGACCAACUGUCCGUCCUGUGUGCUGGCCCAGAUGACGAGGGGUUAUGACCCGGUCCCUCCUGGAUUUGAAUCAGCAUCUGAAUCUGUGGCUCGGACUUCGGGCCAAACGGACAUGGUGGAAGCGGUAAAGCGGCACAUCCUCAACAUGCUCCACCUGAGUGCACGGCCCAACGUCACGCACCCGGUGCCACGCGCUGCCCUGCUCAACGCCAUCAAGAAACUACACGUUGGCCGUGUGGGUGAGGACGGCAGGGUGGAGAUCCAGGAGAAGGGACCGGGGGGUGCUGGCAGUGAGUGGGCAGGGCUGCCCGAGCCGCCCUCCGAAAUCAUUACCUUUGCCGAGCCAGGAAACUCUCCAUCUGCCAUGACCUUUGACAUUUCCAAGGAGGGCAGCGAGCUCUCGGUGGUGGAGCAGGCCAACGUGUGGCUCUUCCUGAAGCUGGCCAAGGGGAAAGGGCGGGGCAAGGGAAAAGUGAACAUCCAGCUUCUGCAGCGCCGCCGGCAGAAGCCGAAAGCUCCAGGCUCUGCCUCCACCUCCACCGAGACCCAGGGCGAGGAGGAGGAGUUGGUGUCAGAGAAGAUGGUGGACACACGGCGCAGCGGCUGGCAUACUCUCCCCGUGCCACGCAGCAUCCAGUCCCUGCUGGAUACCGGUGGCAGAGUCCUGGAUCUGCGAGUCUCCUGCCCACUGUGCACCGAGGUGGGUGCCAAACCCGUCUUGGUCCCCACCGAGGACGAGCAACCGGGACGGGAGAGGGAACAGUCCCACCGGCCAUUCCUCAUGGUCGUACUGCGGCCUGGCGAGGAGGAACACGCUCACCGCCGUGCCAAACGAGGCCUGGAGUGCGACGACAAGAUGCACAUGUGCUGCAAGAGGCAGUUCUAUGUCAACUUCAAGGACAUCGGCUGGAACGACUGGAUCAUCGCACCGCCAGGCUACCACGCCAACUACUGCGAGGGUGACUGCCCCAGCCAUGUAGCCAGCAUCACAGGUUCCUCGCUGUCCUUUCACUCCACUGUCAUUAACCACUACCGCAUGCGGGGCUACGCGCCCUUCCAAAACAUCAAGUCAUGCUGCGUGCCCACGCGACUACGCGCCAUGUCCAUGCUCUACUACAACGAGGAGCAGAAGAUCAUCAAGAAGGACAUCCAGAACAUGAUUGUGGAUGAGUGCGGCUGCUCGUAAGAGACAGUACAGAGCAGUAAAAGACUCAUCCAUAAUAAGAAGGCACCAUUGAUAUGAUGGACAUAAUAUAACUGGUAUGAUGGACAAUACAUUUUUGGGGAGUUCUUUGACUGAUCUGUCUGUUUUGUCUUAUUAUCUGACAGGGUAUUGUUAAAUCGGAAUAGUCUCUGUGGCACUUUCAGAUAAAAAAGAGAUACAUCAUAUAUUUUUGUUAAAUGGAGACAGAGUGAGACUACUUAUCACUGUUUAUGCGCAAUGUGAUUCCUGCUUCUCUGCACUGCAAUGAACAUGGAACAGUUCCCUGAAAAAAAACUAUGCAACUGAUGAAGUAUUACAAUGUGUUGUGUUUUUGUUAAUGUUUCUUUAUAUGUGUUUUGUUUCUUAAUUGUAUACAAAGUAGACUUUUUUAAUUCUUUUUUUCUCCAAAUGUGUGUCUGUGUUUCAAAUGUUUGUAUUGUUAUUGUUGAGAGAUACUUGAAAGACAUAGGUUUGACCAGCUACUGGAGCCAAACACUAAUAUAAUUAUUAACUAGGUUUAUUAUUAUAAUUAUUAUUAUUCAUUUCUGAACUACUUUGUCUUUGUACAUGAAAAUAAUGAAUGUUGAAUUUUGCACUAUACCAACAUUCUUGCCAGCUUGAUCACAUUGACGGUAACUGGCAUUUGGGCCUGCAUGAAGAGAUACUGCAGGUAGCCUAGUGGUUAGAGCGUUGGGCCAGUAACUGAAAGGUUGCUGGAUUGAAUCUCUGAGCUGACAAGGUUCUGUCCCUGAACAAGGCAGUUAACCUGCUGUUCCCUGGUUGGCUGUCAUUGUAAAUAAGAAUUUGUUCUUACCUGACUUACGUAGUUAAAUAAAGGUUACAUUUAAAAAACUAUUUUUUAAAGAGAAGACUAUACACAAGAUACAUUUAACACAUAAACAGCACAUACUAUAGCUACGGAUAGUCUCUCAAUCAAAGUAAGGCCAAAGAUGGGAGCAGCAUUAGCUUUCAAUAUGAUUAAUUUACCAGAAGGACAUUCUCUACUAAAGCAUCUUGAUUAAUCUUCCUAACAACUGGUGAUGACAAAGAAAAAAAAACACUUUGGCCAAUCUAUGAAAAUUAUGAAACUAACACUUCAAAGAGUCUGAAAAUGUCUUCCAAUGGUUAAAUCAAUUUGGUAUGACUUUUUUCCUGCUUCUUUUGUUCAACACUUCUUUCAAACUGAAAUUGGAGAGCAGUGGACAUAUGAAAUAUAUGAUGAUAUUUAUAACAUUACAUAUGUCAUAAAUGACAAAUAUACAAAGGUCAGGGAAUGUGUUUGAGAGAAGAGAAGACACUGAAACAACACAUUUAGACAACUUUACAUACUCUUGAGUCACUGAAAAUGAUUUUGCUCUGUUGUACAAAUCAGAACUGUUGCUUAUGGAUAUUUUUUUAUAUAAUUUAUUUGGCAGCAAUUUUUUGCUUCAUCAUUAAACACAAUGCGUUAUACUAUUUCUGUCAUGUUUUGUUUCAGUUAUCGGUAACACUUUACUUAAAUGCGUCCAGGUUUUCACAAUGGUUGAAUCUUCGUCCAGUCAACGAUUACUCCAAAUCCAAUGCUUUUAAAUUUAUGAUGGGGGAAAAAGGUAGAAAAUGUGCAAAAUGAUGCAAAAAGUCCGGCAGGCUGUCUUAGACACAUGGACAUAAAGUGGCUACUGUGGAGCCAACACCAGAAGGGAAUGCAACCCCAGCGAGGGACAAACUAGCCCUGCCACAAAGCUGGUUGGCUGGAUGCUUGUGAGUGACAUUGAGCUGCAGUUGCAGGGCCAUGUCUGACCAUAAACAAGGCGAGCAGCAAACAUUCCACAGGCUUCAAGGGCAAGAGACGUGAGUGCUCGCUGAUAACCCCUUAUAAGAUGCCAAGGAGGAGGACGAUUGGAGUGAUUUGGCAAGCAGGCCUCAGAGGAUUGCUAUCUCGUGGCCCUAAAGAUGGCUCAGGGCCCCUGGUUGGCACGUGCUUGUUUUUCAGAUCCCUGGCUUGAAAUAUCCUGGGAGGGAAUGUAUGUAAUGAUGCUAAGGCUAACAGGAGUUCCAAUAAAAAAAUUGCUUGAA